AUGUCGGACCAUCGGCACGAGCUCUAUGACCCCUCACCCAACCCCUCAUCGCACCCGACUGAAGAUCCCUCAUACAGCUUUUCCGCUGUGCCUCUCUCCCCCGGCCUCCCCUCCCACCCCAUUGCGCCCGAUCAACAAGCCUACCUGCCCACACCAGUCAUCCGGCGCAGACCCUCACUGCAAAGCAAAGAGCGCUACAACUCCUUUCUCGAUGAAAUCCUUCCUACACCCUCGACUGCGUCGGCGAAUGCUCCAGGCGGAGGCCUGCUUCGGCGUACAGGCGCUGUAGGAGUCAUCGUGGUGUUCAUACUCGUGGCUACUUGGCUGGCUGCUACGGACUCUGGCGGGCAGGUGUUGGGCGCUGGAUCGGGAGGACUGCGGAAUGUCUUCUGGAGCGAGGGGGAGAAGGAGUGGAGCGUGCAGGCUGUGAUGCCUAGCCCAGAGGCAGGGAAGGAGGUCGCGGUGGAUGCAGCUCUGGCUGGAGUGGAAGAGGAGGAGUCGGUCAUGCCUGACUUCGACCAGUACAUCAUGCUCCGCACGGUCCCCGCCAACAUGGUCGAGCUAUCAGGGCACGGUCGGCGAGUCAUCUUUGUUGGGGAUGUCCACGGCUCUUACGCUCCAUUAAAACAUCUCAUGUCCCGCCUAGCAUACUCGCCGAGCACCGACACCCUUAUUCACGUGGGCGACCUUAUCGCUAAGGGCACACACAACUCGGAGGUUCUGUCGUGGUUUGAGUCAAGGCGGAUUUUAGGCGUAAGAGGAAACCACGAUCAGCCCGUGAUUCAGUGGAGAGCGUGGAUGGAGUGGACGGGCGGAGCGAAGUGGGAGGGAAUGAUGGAUGAGCUGAGUGAGCUGGACGAUGGCGAGGUGGAGAUGAGGGUGGCGAAGAUGGGGAGAAAGUGGCCGAAGGGGUGGGAGUGGAAGGGCGAGCAUUGGCACAUUGCAAAGAAAUUAAACAAGAAGCAGUAUGCGUAUCUCCAGCAGCUCCCUCUCCAGCUGCACAUACCAUCGCUUCACUCGGUCGUUGUCCACGCCGGCCUCCUCCCUUCCAAUCCCCUUCGCGACCCUGAUCACCCCACCCAACCCCUCGUCGCCGCAGAUCGCCAAUCACAAUCCUCGUCAAGCGGUACCAGCGGAGACGAGGCUUCCGAGCUCAGCCGCACCUCUGAAGAAAUAUCCAUCCUCCUCGAUAUCCCCCAAAACACGCAUCCGUGGAACCUCAUCAACAUGCGCGGUCUACACGAAAAGGGGUCCAAGAAGGGCAAAGUGACCAAGAGUGGGAAGAAGGGGACCCCAUGGAGUCAGGUGUGGAAGCGUGAGAUGGGCCGAUGUAUUGGGGAUGGAGCGGGAGCGAUGGCUGAUAUCGAGGAAGAAGGGGGCGUGGAGGAGUUGGAGGAGGAGGAAAAGAGGGAGAUGGCGGGUCAAGCUAUGGAUGCGGGAGAGGCGGGAGCUGUGAGCGAGGAUGAGUUCAAGCUCAAGAAGCUGAAAUGCUCGCCUGUGACAGUGAUUUAUGGUCAUGCCGCGGCUAGGGGCCUGGAUAUCAAACCGUACAGCAAGGGCAUAGAUACGGGUUGUGUGUAUGGGCGCCAGCUGACUGCUUUGGUUCUGGGCUCGACGUCAGGUCUGGACGGGAAGAAGGUUCGAGUCGGGGAACACCGAGGCGUGCUUGUCAGUGUUCCAUGCGACAAGGGAGGUCUCUAG